AUGGCUUUCGUCUCGGAGGCAUCCGCAGCAGCAAGGAAGCUUCUAGUACCGAGCGGCGCAGCCAUGGCGCGAACCCUUGGCGACGCCGGCCUCGGCUUCGACCUGGACGGCGCCGGGCGCUUCCUCUCGCCCCUGUGGGAGCUCAUCAAGGCGAAGUUCGCCGAGCUCGCGGCCUUCUUCACCAGCCUCCUCGCCGCGCUCGCCAAGAAGGCGGACGAGCUGUUCCCGCCGGAGACCCGCUCGGAGACGCUCGGGCACUGGCUGCGCGUCGGGCUCACCGUGGUGCUCCCGGCCCUGGUGCUGUUCUGCCUUGCCCGGUGCUGCUGGCGCUGCUGCUGCGCCCGCGGGCGCGGCGGGCGCACGAUGGCCGCCCCCGGCCGCCGAGGGGCGCGCAUGCCGCGCGGCGCGUUCGAGGCUAAUCCUCGCGGCUACUUCCGCGAUCUCCGUGCAAACAAGCCCCUCGUGUUCGUGCACUAA